CAUUUCUAAUUAGGAUUAGGAUUAGGAUUAGGAUUAGGAUUCGGACUCGAACUCGGAUUCGAGAGCGUUGUUAUUUGGUAUCUUAUAUUUGAGCAUUAAAUGUGUGGAUGAACCAUCGAGUACUAAUAAUAAUGGCAUAAACAAUUCACCCCAACCCCCACGCAGUCAAAAAGUCAACCACGACCUCUACUACCAUAUAUAUAUAUAUACACAGAGCUAAUAUUAUAAGACAGGAGAAGGGAGAGAGAGAUGUAUAAGUUUAAUAGAGUGUCUUCACUGAUAUACUUAGUGUUACCAAUCAUACCUUUGGCUGGAAUUUUUGUUGUGUUUUUCACCAACGACAACCCCAAUUCAAUAUAUUCUUCUUCUUCUUCUUCUAGUAGUACUAACUUCAUAUGGAAAGUUUCAUCAUCAUCAUCAUCAUCAUCUAUUCUUAAUAAUUCGAUUAUAUCUGACGAGAAUGAUCAUCACAAUCCAUGGCAACCCCAGUUACUUAUGGCAGAGUCAGAAACAGAACCACAAGCUCCUCCAUCACCACUCAGCAUAGCUCUUCCUCCAGCUCCAGCUCCAGCUCCACAACUGGGCCAUGGCUGGAGAAGAAGAAGAAGAAGAAGCAGCCUAUUAUUGGAUAAAGUAGAAGCAAGGUUAGUCAAAGCCAGGAGAGUAAUAAGGAACAAGAACAGUAGCAGAACAGUAAAGGGUCAUGAGGAUUGGGAGUUCAGUCCUCAAGGGUCGAUUUACAGAAACCCAAGAGGGUUUCACCGGAGCUAUCUGGAGAUGGAGAAGCUGUUGAAGAUAUACGUGUACGAAGAAGGAGAGGCUCCCAUGUUCCACGAAGGGCCAUGCAAAAACAUAUACUCGAGCGAGGGAAGGUUCAUGAGUGAGAUGGAGAAAGAGAAGCAAGUCUUCCGAACCAGAGACCCGAACAGAGCACUGCUUUUCUUCUUGCCUUUUAGUGUGGUUAGAAUGGUUCAGUACCUUUACGUGGAUGGUUCCAAAGACCUUUCCUCCAUUAGAACUGCUGUGGUUGAUUACGUUGACCUCAUUUCUCGAAAAUAUCCCUUCUGGAAUCGAACUCUUGGGGCUGACCACUUCAUGCUCUCUUGCCAUGAUUGGGGACCAAAAACAUCAUCCUACGUACCAAGUUUGUUCCACAACUCCAUCCGAGUGUUGUGCAAUGCCAACACUUCCGAAGGUUUCAAGCCAUGGAAAGACGCAUCCCUCCCCGAGAUCAAUCUCUUCGGCGGUGAAAUCACAAGCCUCGGCGGCCCCUCUCCCUCAAAGCGAACUAUCCUAGCAUUCUUCGCAGGCCGUCUCCAUGGCUACAUCAGGUCGUUGCUUCUAAAACGCUGGAAGAACAAUGACACGGACGUCCAAGUCUACGACCGGCUCCCACGUGGGGUCUCGUACAACGAAAUGUUGAGGAAGAGCAGGUUCUGUCUCUGCCCUAGUGGCUACGAGGUGGCCAGCCCUAGAGUGGUGGAGGCCAUCUAUGCUGAGUGCAUCCCUGUCUUGAUUUCGGAUGGCUAUGUCCCACCUUUCAGUGACGUGUUGAAAUGGAAGGCAUUUACUGUGGAGAUCAAGGUGAAGGACAUACCUCGCAUUAAGGAGAUCUUGAUGGGAAUUUCGACUAGGCACUAUCUGAGGAUGCAACGCCGAGUGAAAAUGGCGCAGAGGCACUUCGUAGUCAAUGACCCUCCUAAGAGAUAUGAUGUCUUUCAUAUGACUCUUCACUCUCUUUGGCUCCGCAGGUUGAACACUCGUGUGGGUGACUAUUACUCCUAACACCGUGCCCUUGUAUACUCAUUGUAAUCAUAUUGAUUCGUUAACAUUUGAUGAUGUGAUAAAUUAACAAAUAGACAUGUCAGUUUUGGUAUCAUUACAUUACUUCAUUACUUGAGCUUUCUAUAAGCUUAAUAUGUUAGUUUGUAUCUUGGUGAGGCCUACAAGAUUUAUGCCUAUAUUGUUUUUUA